AUGACCGGACACGACGGCAACAUGUCGACCUCUUUGACGCUAGGCCUGGGCCUGUUGGCCGCCACUAUGACGCUCAUCACGGCGGGCAGCGUGGGGAUUGUGGGCUUCAUGCUGGGCCGUCAGAUCCCGCAGCAGGAGAUGGAGAGCUCCACUUCGCAGAAGCGCAACAAGCAUGACCACACGUAUGAACAGGAGCGUCGCCGCCGCCUUCGUAUCCCAAGCGGCACUGCCAGUGAAGACGUAAAGAUCACGGACAAGAAGGCCAUUAUGGAUGUGCGUAUCUCCGGCAUUCGACCGCUUAUCCCUCCCGCCAUCCUACUCGAGGAGAUCCCGCUCACGACCAAGAUCGUGCAGACCAUUAACCGUGGUCGUCAGGGUCUAGCCAACAUCCUGCGUCGUCUGGAUGACCGUCUCGUGGUUGUAGUGGGCCCGUGCUCCAUCCACGACACCGACGCCGCCAUGGACUACGCCAAGCGUCUGCUGGAGCUUAAGAAGGAGCUGAACAAGGACCUGCUCAUCGUCAUGCGCGUGUACUUUGAGAAGCCCCGCACUACUGUCGGCUGGAAGGGUCUGAUCAACGACCCGGACCUCGACGGAUCAUUCAAUAUCAACAAGGGUCUGCGCGUCGCCCGUGAGCUUCUGGCUGCUAUCAACGAGCUCGGUCUGCCGGCUGGCUGCGAGUUCCUGGACACCAUGUCGCCUCAAUUCAUCUCGGACCUGGUCAGUUGGGGUGCAAUUGGUGCCCGUACGACCGAGUGCCAGCUGCACCGGGAGCUCUGCUCGGGUCUAUCUAUGCCUAUUGGCUUCAAGAACGGCACGGGCGGCGACUUGCAACUCGCCGUGGACGCCGUCGUGGCUGCCAAGCACUCGCACUGCUUCCUGAGUGUCAGUUCGCAGGGUCUGGCGGCUAUUGUCAACACUUCGGGCAACGACACGUGCCACUUGAUCCUCCGUGGCGGCAAAUCCGGCCCCAACUUCGAGAAGGAGCACGUGGAUGACGCGUCUGCGCGCAUGCUCAAGUCGAACCUGGUGGACAACGUCAUGAUUGACUGCUCGCACGGCAACUCGCAGAAGAAGCACAAGAACCAGGUCAAGGUGGCGGCCAACAUCGGCAACCAGCUGCGUGCAGGUGACGACCGUAUUGUCGGCGUGAUGCUCGAGUCCAACAUUGAGGAGGGCAACCAGCCUCUGACGCCCGGCCAGCCGCUCGUGUACGGCAAGAGUGUGACGGACGCCUGCAUGGGCUGGGAGACGACUGUCGAGGUGCUGCGCGACCUGGCUGCUGCUGUGCGCGAGCGCCGGGCGAAGAACCACCAGUAA